AGCAGGUACUGUAGUCCGCCGAAAGUGAUGGGUUCAGGUACCUAGGUGGGUGAUUAUGCAGCUCGGGCCCGAAAUGGCCAUUUCUGCAUACAGUUCAUUAUCACCAUCACUAUUACUACCAUUGCUGUCUUCGUCUCUUUCGUCGUCGUCGUCGUCUGUCCCUGCUGUCGCACCUCGGAAUUGCCAUAAACCAUUAUCCCGUCGACGCCAGGAAAAACAUACAGCAUGUCCCGACCCAUUACGCUAUUUUAGAAGGGGAAACCACUCGGUAGAAGGGCAAAGUCUGCUUUUCUUUACUGAACUUGUUGCUUGCCUCGCCUUGCCUUGCAGUGCCUCGUACUAGUGCGUCUGUCCGUGCGAUUCGCAUGCGCGGGAUGGUUGCGCCAUUCGGGGCGAGACACAUGCGGCGCUACAGGCACUACGCGCACUACAGGUACGCAAGCUGCAAGCAAGCAAGCA